GAGGGCGGAGAGAGGCGACAGCGGAGGCGUAGGGAUCUUAAGAGAACCCCGAGAAAGUGCGCAAGCGCACUGACCCCUCCAAGCCCUAGCAACCAGAGCAGUGACAGUAGCAACCGCCGGAAUGGCAAAAGCAACAACAAUCAAAGAAGCCCUAGCCAGAUGGGAAGAGAAAGCCAGUCAGAAGCCAUCUGAAGCCAAGGAGAUAAAGCUUUAUGCCCAGAUCCCCCCUAUAGAGAAGAUGGACGCAUCCUUGUCCAUGCUUGCUAACUGCGAGAAGCUUUCACUGUCUACAAACUGCAUUGAGAAGAUUGCCAAUCUGAAUGGCUUAAAAAACUUGAGGAUAUUGUCUUUAGGAAGAAACAACAUAAAGAACUUAAAUGGACUGGAAGCAGUAGGGGACACAUUAGAAGAACUGUGGAUCUCCUACAAUUUUAUUGAGAAGUUGAAAGGCAUCCAUGUAAUGAAGAAACUGAAGAUUCUGUACAUGUCCAAUAACCUGGUGAAAGACUGGGCUGAAUUUGUGAAGCUGGCAGAUCUGCCGUGCCUGGAAGACCUGGUGUUUGUAGGCAAUCCCCUGGAAGAAAAACACUCUGCCGAGGGGAACUGGAUUGAAGAGGCAACCAAGAGAGUGCCAAAACUGAAAAAGCUGGAUGGUACCCCAGUAAUUAAAGAGGAUGAGGAAGAAGAAAACUAACACUACAUUUUCUGCUUUGUGUUAACUUAUUUAAAUGUUGUAUAAUUGUCUAUUUUAAAGAUUCUCUGUGGAGCGAAUGUUCUUAAGAUAAAACAAAUCUCUAAUUCCUAUUUUUUUCUUAACCUAUUUACUGUUUCUCCCCCCAAAUGGUAACACUAACUUUAUACAUUGUAGUCCUCUUUUUUAAAAGUACAAAUUUUCCGUUUUUGUUCAGUCUCCAUCUGCUGAAAUCUCUGUAGAGCGACCAAUCAUUUUUAAAAACAAAGAAACAAAUGGGUUCUUCGUUUAAUUUUUUUUUUAGGUCAGGCAUUUAAAUAUAUACAGUUGACUUUUGAAUCUGUAGACCAUCUUUCCUGAAGGUCCGUCUCCUUAUGACUCAGAAGCACAAACGCGUCGUGCCUUCGGCUCAGAAGGUGGCGCGGGGCAGGAAGAGCUCCUCGCAGACAGCCGGCAGCAGCCGUAGAAGCGAGACUCCAAGUCAUAGUGAAAAAACUGUGGUGAAAAAAGAAAAAUUAGUAUCUUGGAGGCCUUAUAGCCCAUGUUAUGUUUACUUACUUAUUUUUUAAAAAAUACGUACAUCGUCAACUGGAAUUUAGGUUGUGCGUACCUUGUGGCCACUUGCGUCACUGCGCACAGCGGUCGGUCACUCUGCAGUGCAGGUCAGUGGUCAACGUGACUGUCGCCAUCAUUCUUUUGACCAACACUGUGGCCGUGUCCCUCGUGUGGACCUGAUCUGAGGCACGCUUUGGGGUUUAUAGCUCUUUGGAUGUUAUAUGAGGAAAUAUAUAUAAGUAGUAGUUAUAUGUGAAUUCUUAGUCUAAGUCUUGGCCAUUUGUAUGUGUCAAAAUUCGCCCUCAUAACUUUGGUUGGGUGACCGUUGUGUUGGGAAAAGUGACUGUCAAUAAGAGUAUAGAAGUUAAAGCCUCAAUUUGGUACCUUUCAACAAAUUAAAUUUAGUAUUUCAAAAUAUAUUUUUAGAGAAUGUCUAACAGCUCUUAAAAUGAAUUAUGUAAGUGGUUAUAGAGGGAAAAGAGAUAUUUCAUUAUGGGAUCCCAGGCAAAUGGCAAUAUUUUUGAGAUUGCUUCUUCAGUGUGGCAUUGUAGCUGAUUCAACUCAAAAUUGCAGAGCAAUGGUUGGAUGCAAAGCUUAGAAUUUAUCAUAUAAGAAAGAAAUUCCUUAUGGAAAGGACAAGACGUGGUGGUCAGUAACCAGGUGAAGGCCACAGAGCCCGUGGCCAGACCACUGAUGGAUCGCAGCACGGGAGCCAGAGGCCCUCCGCCAAACUGUGCCUGCAGUCCCUCAGCGGGAGACUUAUCUCCAUUUUCUCAUUUACUUGUGUAAAAAUCAGCCAAAGAGGGAGGAUCCGUUUUUAAAGAGUACAGAAGUAGUCCUGGGUUUCAGAAGUUUUCAACUAUUGUUUAACUAGGAAUUACAUGAUUUUUCAUAGUCACACUGAUCAAAAGGGGCCACCGCUUUGACAAUCAAUUCUGAAAAGGAAAGAUUAACCCAACACUUUUUUAGCUACCUGUUAGCUCUUCCUCACAAUGUGACAGGAAGUCAUCGUUCCUCUGAUUGGCUUACCCACUCAAAGCCUUUGGGUACUUCUUCUGUGAACCAGAGGCAGUGAGCAUUCCCCUCCGGGAUUUGAAGGCACAGAAGCUGAGAGGGAAGAUGGUUUUCCUGUAGUAUGAAUUUAAUCUAAUAGGCAAGCUUGAAGCCAUACUGCUAUAUAUGGGUACACUUCCUAAAAGUUACCCUGGAAGUGAAAAUAAUAGGGAGUGGUGACUGACUUCAAAUUGAAUUUUUUGUAAAAUGGCUUACAAUGUUUAGGUUUUUUUUUAAAUUCUGCAAUACAGAAACUGAUUUUCUGUUUCUCCUUGUUUCUUAAUGUCUUUUCAUCACUGGUAGUUACGAAAGAAAUGUAAGGUGCUUUUCUGUGUCCAUUUCACACCAAACUCAUUCAGUUCUACUCAACAAACAUUUGAAUGACUUCUAUGCAUCCUUUGCAUGGAAUGAAACCCAGAAUCCAUGCUGUUAGAAAAUGGAAGGUGGGGUGUACUAAGAAGUUCAGAAUGUUCUCUCAAAUCAUUCCUUAACUCAUCCUUUACCACUGCAAAUUUAUCUGAUAUGCCUUCAAUUUAUGUGUCUUAGAGCUUUAGGCCACUUAUGUGGAUUCUCUCUGUGCUCCUAGUUUAAAGCAUUAUGCCAUUUUAGUGGAUCAUUCAUUUCAAUUGUAUUUAUUCUUGUGAUGAUGGUAGAGCUCUGUUAUCAGUCCAGUAUUGUAAUAUUUCCACAGGAAAUUUGAUUUUAGUCUAUCAACCAAUUUAACUUUUCUAUGUUCCCUGAGUCUAAGCUUAUGGCUGUAUUACCUAGUCAGGUAUGGAAGGUUUUGUGUUCUCUGUUCACAGGAGUUUGCUCCUUUAAAUCACAGUCACUGUUGCAGUAUCAACAUUUGGGUUCGAUAAUGUCGUGGGGGGCUGUCCUGUGUGUUACAGGGUGUUUAGCAGCAUCUCUGAUUCUACGUAUAGAUGCCAAGUAGAGGCUUCUUGCCGGUUGUGAUAACCAAAAAUGUCUUCAUGCAUUGCCAUCUGUCUCCUGGGGCAGAGGCAUUGGAACAAAUUCACCCGUAGUGAAGAACCAGUGCUUUAUACAUACAACAUUCCUUUUGUCCAGAGCACAUUUCUUUUCACUCUGUAGCUAGUGCCGCCUUAGUUGUAUGAGGGAAGGUGAUGAGUUUAGUGAUCAUGUACAGAAGGAAAUGGUCGCUGGUGUUUCCGUCUUUUGUAAUGCUCAUUUGAACAAUUCUCACAUCACAUUAGAAACUCAGGGCUGGAAGGUUCAACUUAUUUUUCUCAACAGGAUCUCAACUUUUAUUUCUUAGCAUUUUGCUUAUCUUAGAACAAUGAUUAUUAACCUACCUCUCUCUCUUACUAUCAGCGGGAUCCAAGUUUAAGAUAGAUUUUGGGUUGUCUCUAAAGUUUAACACUUUUAAGUAUAUUUUAGAAAAUUGAUUGUCAUUUUUUAAGUGUUCAUUCAUUGUCUAAUAAUGCACAGGACUUUACAGACUGUAGCAGUCAUUAAAUACAGGAAAUACUGUACAAAAUUUGGUGAUCAUGUAUGAAAGUUAGCGGGUGUAGACACCAGUUUUGGAUGCGAUCAGAAUGUCUGGUUACUGGAUCCAGUCCACAAAUAGAGGUGGUAUAUGUCACUUAAAUGUGGUUCCUGUUUGGAAAGAUACAUUUUGACUUGGAUAGAUGCUUCUUCUGAUGCCUAUUUCAAGUAGAAUAAGGAAGAGUAAGAAAUGAAUCUUAACUGUUGACUGAUUUUCAGAGUUGGUGAUGUGUAAGUAGAGUUGAAGGUAGUGAUCUUUGUGACCUAGAAUCUUCUACCUGGGUUUUCUUCCGGACUAAAUGGGAAAAGGGUAGAACUAGGAAGGUUGGAUUUAAUCAUUGACUUAAAAAAGAUUGGGGGGAAGUGCCAAGCAUCGAUCACAAGUACUUAGUGUCUCUCUAACGGAAGUCUCUUAGUCACAAAGACUUCAUAUUGUAAGUAGUGGUAAAGGGAGAAAGCUAACUGCUAAAUUGAAAGUUACUCUUUACCAGGAUUUAAUUCCUUUGGCAUACAUUCUCUUUAUUUGGGCUGCUUAAUGUGUCUGUAAAUAAUUAAGUACAAAACAAUCUUGAGUGCGGCAGAGUGGGUCCUCUGACACAGCUGACGUGACCACAUUCCUUCAUCUUCACUCCAGCAUGAGGCUGUUUUAUUUUUUUGGAAAACCACAAAAUAGGUGCAAUUAAAAAAAUUAAGGGUAUUU